AUGCCAGGCGAUCGUGUAAGAGCAGUCCCCAUUAUUGACUACCGUGCUGGGAAGAGAUUAGGAGAUUAUUCUAACAGCCAGUUUAGGGAUCCCGCUUCUGUCGUUUCUGCUUUCGACAAGGACACGAAGAUACCCAAUUCUCUCAUGGUCUCGAACCGACCUGGAAGCAGAAUAGGUCUUACUGAAACUCGGGGGGCGCUCGACAGACUGGCCAACCGUCGGAUAAGAAAUAGACGCCGAAACAUCAGACGCCGCGAACGUGCCCGAGCUCAGAUGACGAAUGUCGCGAGGCGCGGAAACCAUGCCUUGAAUAUUAGUCGCCGUGGUCCUGUUCAUGCCGCUGCAACAUCUCAGAGCCUGUUGUUCCCGCAGCUGCACACUCCGGGGGAACAAGUGGCACUGCCUGUGCUUCACCCACUGAGAGUACCUGUCCACGAGCCAGAGCGUGUAUCAUCAGUCGCGACUGCGACCAGUGACACGGACGUAACUAUGGGAUUCGAAGAACCCAACAUCGGUGGCAUGGCAGUAGAUGCUAGUCAACCACAACCCGUCGAUGAUCUCAUCAGUUUCGAUACACUCGACACAGCUGAGGACGAAGUCGUGGUGAUAUCUAGCCAUACUAGUGAUAUCGUCGAAAGCCACUGUGGAGAAAUAUUCACGAUUGUGUAA